CAGCACGCUGCCAGAGUCCCCUCCUGACUCCAGCUCAGAGCCCUACUCCCCCCAGCAGGUGAAUGACUGUCACAUGCUCCGGACCAUGACCCCCGAGAACAUGUGCCACAUGACCCCCCCUCCGCCGGGGCCCCCCCCGCCACACCACCACUACCCCAGCAUGCACCGGGACAUGUACCUAAAGGCCGAGCCCAUGAUGCCGCAGUACCCGCUGGGCGCCGGGCUGGGCGCCGGGCUGGGCGCCGGGCUGGGCGCCGGGGAGCUGCAGCAAGGCCAGCAGAGCCAGAUGCAGACCCAGAUGCUGCACCAGCUGCUGCAGCAGCAGCACAGCGCAGAGGGGAUCCCGGUGCACCAGGCCAAGAAGAGGAAGCACUCGGACUCCCCCCCCAGCACGCUCAACGCGCAGAUCCUGUCCGGCAUCAUCAAGCAGGAGCCAGGGCUGAUGCAGGACGGGGACAGCUCCUAUCUGGACCCUAAUUACCAGUGCAUAAAGUGGCAGCCCCACCAGCAGAACAAGUGGACUCCCCUGUACGACGCCAACUGCAAAGAGCUUCCCAUGCCCACCUAUCGCGUUGACGCCGAUAAGGGGUUUAAUUUCUCGGUGGCCGAUGACUCCUUUGUCUGCCAGAAGAAGAACCACUUCCAGGUCACAGUGUACGUCGGCAUGCUGGGAGACCCCAAAUACGUCAAGACCAGCGAAGGGCUGCAGCCAAUAGACUGUUUCUACCUCAAACUGAACGGAGUGAAGCUUGAAGCCAUGAACCAGUGUAUCAACAUCGAGCAGUCCCAGUCAGACCGCAGCAAGAGACCCUUCAAGCCCGUCCUGUGAGUGAGCGGGCCUGGGCGCCCCGGGGCAGAUGGGCAGGAGAGCGAGAGAGUGGGGCAGGACGGAGGGGCAGUCAGGGAGGGCAGGGACAGAGACCCAGAGGAGCGCGUGUGAACAGGGGGAGAACUUGCGUCAGAGUCGUCUCCGGGCUCAAAUGCCUGUCUGGCGCUGAGGGGCCAGAAGGACAAAGCUCCUUACAGAGAUGACGACAAGGGGAGCUGACUCAAGUGUUUAAAAUCCUCAGCGUCGCUGAAAGACUCAAACCUCAGCACUUCUCCACAGUCCACAGUGAGCCAGAGCACGCGGGUGGAAACUGUGUGGAAAUGCAUGUAAAAAUUAGAACUGAGGGCAAUUCUUUACACUCGAGGUGGUGGGGGCGUGGAACAAGCCACCCAGCUGUGUUGUGAAAGCUGAUGCUAAGGCUUCUUUCAGCAACCAGCAGUCUCCCGAGGCAGAUGGGGGACAGUGAGGGAGAGUGAGGCAGAGGGGGGACAGUGAGAGAGAGUGA